AUCCACCCAUGAGGAAGUACUUAAAUGCAUGUAAAGACGGUGCGUCCUUCAGUGGUUGAGCUGCACUGUGAUCUCACCAUGUUCCUCCACUGUGAACUGGUUGUGCUGAUAAUCACACUGUCUCUUCAUGGGCAAGUUCACACGGGGGAAAUCAUUGGAGGCCAUGACGUGGUGCCACAUAGUAGGCCAUACAUGGUGCUUUUGGAGCUGCGCACAGAAGAUGGCAUAACAAAACACUGCGGCGGCUUCCUUCUCACUGAGGAUUUUGUAAUGACUGCAGGCCACUGCCAAUACAACUCAGUAUCAUGCAACGCCAUACUAGGACUUCACAAUUACCAUGAUGCAAAGGAUGCACAGAAUAUAUCUGUGACAAAGAUCUUUCCACAUAAAGACUACAGAUAUUAUGAGAACGACAUAAUGAUUCUUAAGUUAAGCUCCAAGGCAAACAUCAGUAGAACGGUGAAACCCAUUGCCAUGGCAGACAAAGACAGUCCCUGUCUGCCAACAAAUUGUUCUGUCACCGGCUGGGGAAGAGAUGGCAAAAACUCGCAUAAUUCUUUGACGCUCAGAGAAGUCAAUGUAACGCUCAUUGACAAUGAGCAGUGUCUUAUGGAAAACUGCUACUGCUCUAAAGGAGACAACGGACCGGCUAAGGGAGACUCUGGUGGUCCAUUAGUCUGUGGAGAUGGGAAGGCAUAUGGCGUGGUGUCACACAUUAAGCCAGGACCGCCAGGAGUGCCUUUGUACUGGUACACCAAGAUACCAGACAGUAGACGCUGGAUCGAUUCAGUUCUGCUUGAUGUUUCUUAAAUGCAUGUAACAACUGUGCUGUUGUGCUGCAUAACUUGCAUGCUAAGCCUUGCUUAUAUUAAAUAUAUUCAAAUAACAUAAUAAGUUUGCUUCUCUGCUUGGAAAUGUAUUCAAUCAAUAAUCAAAAAUAAAUUAAAAUAAAAUACAA